AUGAGGCGCUCCGGCGGCACGGUGGCAGUGAAGGUGGAGAAGGCGGACGACGGCAAGACGCCGGCGGCGGGGGAGUUCGUGACGCUGAAGGUGCAGGACACCGACGGCCGCGUGGUGUACCGCACCAUGCGUCGGACCGACCAGCUGCAGGGCCUGAUGGACUUCUACUACGACCGCGUGCAGGAGUGGGUCGCGACCGGCACCGGCCGGUUCCUGUACGACGGCCGCCGGCUGCGCGGCUGGCAGACGCCGGCGGAGCUCCUGAUGGAGGACGGCGACGAGGUCGACUUCUUCGUCGAGCUGAUCGGCGGCGCCGGCGGACAUGCUGUUUAG